GAUACACAGGUGAACAUGGUGGUGUUUAGUGAGCCCGUGCGAAGAAUGCAAUCAUCAACACUGCAAGUUCGGAGCACCAACGCUUCUUGCUUCACCCAGUUAGGUCCCCAAGUUUACUACUCCUGGAGAGGGGUGGGAAUAGAAUACAGAGGGAGCCGCUAUUGUAACCACCAGUGCCAGAAGACCAGGGGAAAGCUGCAUCCAACUUUUCCUGAACCACAGAAGAGGAUGGCAUCCCUGACCACAAUGGGAAACUCUAGCCCUGCACUGAGUUUCAGGAUCCUGGCUGAGUGUGGCAAGAGCAAAGCACGGACCAGCCUUAUGACACUACCACACCAAACUGUGGAGCUUCCAGCCUUCAUGCCUGUUGGAACACAGGGUACCAUGAAGGGACUCCUCCCCCAGCAGGUGAAGGACACAGGAUCUGGCCUUAUUCUUGGUAACACCUAUCACCUCGGAACCCGACCGGGCAAGGAGAAUCUCACACAGUUAGGUGGGUUGCACAAAUUCAUGAAUUGGGAUCGAGCGUUACUCACUGACUCAGGAGGCUUCCAAAUGGUGUCUCUCCUAAAGCUGGCAGAAAUCACAGAAGAGGGUGUGAAAUUCCAGUCCCCUUAUGAUGGCUCUGAAUGCUUGCUGACACCUGAGGAGAGCAUAGCCAUCCAGAAUGCCAUUGGUGCUGACAUCAUGAUGCAGUUGGAUGAUGUGGUCAAUGUGGUGGAAAAAGACUACAAGCGUUUUGAGGUUGCCACUCACCGAACAACCCGCUGGCUGGACCGCUGCAUGGCUGCCAAUAAGAAUCCUACCACUCAAAACUUAUUUCCCAUUGUUCAGGGAGGACUUUUCCCAGACUUGAGACAGAUCUCCCUUCAGCAGCUCAUAGCCAGAGAUGCCCCAGGAUAUGCCAUUGGAGGUCUUAGUGGUGGUGAGGAUAAGGACAAGUUCUGGCCAGUGGUGUUGCAAUGCACGGAGCAGCUGCCACACCACAAGCCUCGUUACUGCAUGGGUGUGGGCAUGGCUGUGGACUUAGUGGUGUGCUGUGCCCUUGGAGUGGACAUGUUUGACUGUGUCUUCCCAACCAGAACUGCUAGAUUUGGGUGUGCACUAGUUGACUAUGGCCAGAUCAACCUCAAGAACAAAGAAUUCUCAGGUGACCUGAGACCUAUAGAUGAAGACUGUGACUGUUCAACCUGCAAGUCUUACAGCCGGGCUUAUAUCAACACCAUAAUAACCAGGGAACCUGUGGCUUGUCACUUGCUGUCGGUGCACAAUAUUGCUUACCAGAUGAGACUGAUGCGGCAGAUUCGAGAGAGCAUCAAAAGUGGCCAGUUUGAGGAGUUUGUGAGGGACUUUGUAGAGAAGUACUACAGGGGGCAAGAGUGUCCCAAGUGGGUUAUUGAUGCCUUGGCUGCAGUCAACAUUCCUCUUAACCACAAAAAGAUCUGCAGAGAAAAUCCGAAUGGUGAGACCGGCACAUCAGAUGAGGUUUGGAAUGAUGAGGAUGAUGAACCUGUGGAGGAGAGAAGACAAGGAAUGGCAACAAGAGUAGAGAGAGUGACCAGUCUUCAGUCUGGCUUUGAGCAUCUAAAUUUGACAGGUUACCGAGAGGCUAUAUUGGGAGACUUUGGUCAAUCAGAAGAGCUUGGCAGGUGCAGUGGAUUUCAAUCAGGGUUUAUUGCUAAUCCUGAAGUGAACCCCAGCCUGGCACUGGCACGCAUGGAGGGUCAUCUUAUGGCACUCUCCUAUAAAACUACCCAGAGGGAGGAAGAGGCUCAGGCAGCAGAAGUGGAGCAGGUGCUGAAGCAGGUGAAGACUCUGGCAGAUCUUUGCCACAACACUCCCUCAACUCCAGCAAAGCAAUCACCAACACCACCUCCCCACCAGCAGCCAUGCCAAGGCAAGAUUGAUGGCAACACUCUUAGGAAACUUCAAGACAGAAUUUAUCAACUUUACAGUGCUUGUGGCUGGACAGUCCCAGAACUGCCAUAACUACCUUUUCUAGGGUUACAUAAUGAAAAUAAAAAAGACAAACACA